CUAUUUUUAUGGUACGCUGUGGUAUGCUUGACUAGUAUAUAAACAAAGUAUGUUUGAAAUAUAGUGAUUCAUAUCUCCGAGGCUGUGACCUUUGUUCUCCACUCAACUGGCUAGGACAGACAGCGGGGCAGGGCCAAUCAGGGCACUAGGUCGUUCAUACGUGUUUUACGCGUCACUCUACCGAGUCGAUCAAUAAACGCUGCUUAUCAAGACCUGCUGUCACAACGUAAAGUCAUAACAAUUGGCGACGGGGUGGAGAAAAAUUUUGAACCUUGUAAUUGGACGAGAUUCAGGUUAAUUGUUUCGACCAAUCAGCAUCCAGAUUGUCACCAGCGUCCUUGAGCAACAUUGGUCAUUAUUCCUACAGUUAAUUUUCAUUGCAGGUGCUGAAAAAAAAAUGACUACCUUUUCCGAUCGAUUACAGCUUCUACUUGAGCAACAACAGCAGUGCUUCAAAAAUAGCCAGUUAAAUUUUUUAGAAAAUUUACGCACACUGUUGGUAAAUGUUCCAUGUUUCGGAGGUGCAACAGAAGUUGGUAAAUUCAUUUCUCAUCUGCAGACUGAGCUGGAAAACAACUGCAGAACAUAUGAAGCUGUUUAUAAAAGCCUCUGUGAAUCCCGGACGACCAGUGAUGUAAACGAGACAGUUAUUCAUGGUCCGCCCAGUUGUCCAGAAAUGUCAAAUUCCGAAACGUUCCCUGUCGUGGGUUCAAAUCCCACUGUUCCUGAAACGUGUACAGACAGUGAUGUACCCAGCUCACAGGAGGAUCUCUUAUUAAAUGCUCAUAAAUUAAUUGCAGUACCCGCCCACAACGGAACAGGGAACAAAUCGUGCGGUACACUGAAUCCAGCUGUUUCAAAUGGUCCUCAUCAUUCAACAACAGGAGAUUCUGACGAAUCUUAUUAUCUAGAUCUUUUUGUACCAGAAAAUGUGUUAAAUGCAUUAAAUGAUGAUCAGAAAUCUAAUACAAUUUUGAUAGAUGUUGAUUAUCGCAGUGAUCAACUGUUUACAAAUGAGAUUUUCAACAAAUCCCGUGACAAUGUUCCAGAAGAAUCAAACGUUGGUGACCUCAUAUCAAGCGACAUUGUUCCCCACUAUUUAAUCACUUUCAGUGACUCCCCUGUUCAAUCUGACAAUUAUGUGUUAAAUAAAGUCAAAUUAAUUCUAACUUGGGAAUAUGAGGACCCAACAUUAUUUCGUGGGGGAGGAUGAACCCAGAAAAUUUCAAAAUCCGGAUAUCAACUCCGGAUCUUCAAAAAAAAGGGGAGGUGUUGUGGAUGCGGAAGAAUAGACCAAUAAUUAUCAUGUUAA